AUGCUAAACAAUCUGGGUCCUGACCACACUGACGUUGCAACUUCUUACUCUGAAUUGGGUUAUAUACACCUGCAAUUAGGUGACCUUCAGCGUGCAAUGGAGUAUCAGUAUCGUGCCCUCACCAUUAGGCUAAAGAAGCUGGGUCCUGACCACACUGACGUUGCAACUUCUUACUCUCACAUGGGUCUUAUACACCUGCAAUUAGGUGACCUUGAGCGUGCAAAGGAGUAUCAGGAACGUGCCCUCGCCAUUAAGCUAGAGAAGCUGGGUCCUGACCACACUGACAUUGUAACUGAUUGCUCUAACUUGGGUUUCAUACACCUACAAUUAGGUGACCUUGAGCGCGCAAAGGAGUAUCAGGAUCGUGUCCUUGCCAUUAGACUAAAGAAGCUAGGUCCUGACGACACUGACGUUGCAACUUCUUACUCUCACUUAGGUCUUAUAUACCUGCGAUUUGGUGACCUUGAGCGUGCAAAAAAGUACGCGUAUCUUGCCUUUGCCAUUAGACUAAAGAAGCUGGGUCCUGACCACAGUGACGUUGCAAGUGAUUGCUCUAACUUAAGUGUUAUACACCAGCAAUUAGGUGACCUUGAGCGUGCAAAGGAAUAUCAUGAUCGUGCCCUCGUCAUUAUGGUAAGGAACUGGGUCCUGAUCAUACUGACAGGGUCAUUUGUAGCCUGCGAAAACAACCGUUUCUCCUCGCUCUGGGGACGUUUCACGCAGAGGAACGUCUGCGACUCAGCGAUAGAAAUUGCAUACUGAUGACGUAAAAUCUGCCCGGAAUCCGGUCAGAAGCGCUGAUUGGUCAACGGAGUAGUUACAUUGUUUUAGCUAUUGUUUACGAAUGACAGACAAACGACAAAAGGCCACAAAGGUCAAAUGUGAGGGCGAAGAAUCUUAAACAAAAUAGCCAAUAUUUGUGGAAUAUAGUCUUCUCUUGAAGAAGCAUUUGAGUUUUGCUGGAACUCGUUGGCAGAUGAACCCAGCACUUUACCAAAAUCGACCAGAAAACACGUAAAAUUGCACAAAUUUAUAUUUAGAACCCCAUGACUACCGGAUUUAUUAUGUAAACAUUUAUUUGCGUCAUCAGUAUGGAAUUUCUGUUGCUGAGUCGCAGACGUUCCUCUGCGCGAAACGUUCCCAGCGGCGAAGAGCGAGGAGAAACGGAUGUUUUCGCAGGCUAGGUCAUUUGUACACUUACUUGGUGUUAACUUUUCGUUAUCUCGUACCCAGAUCUCUUUUCGACUAAGCCGAAGGCGAGAUACGGUCAAGUACGAAAAUUCAAUUUCUUUGAUUGGCUACUCGAAGUGCCUAGAUUGUGAAGGAGUGACGUCAAUCUGGUCCUGCAUCUGCGCGCGCAAUUGCGUGUGCAAUUCACACUUUGCGAAGUUAUAUCAGGUGAUCACGUUCACAAAUCGGAUUUGACCAGAUCUCGCCUUUGGCUUCGUCGACAAAAGAUCUGGGUACGAGAUCAAACUUUUCUCUGACGUCGCCAUCGUGGUUACGUAUACUCCCUAUUUACUCGACUUAAGCAUGGACGUGAGGUUGUGUGUGAAAUGAAUGCUAUGUGAUGUGAGCUUUCUCGAAGUACCUUAUUCUGUUAUGUCUGUUAUUCUUUAUUUCAGAAUCGGAAAAAGUUAUUGGGAAGAAAGUACCUAUUAGUUCCAGUGAUGACUUGUCAAAUUACUCAUUGAUAAUAGCCUGUAUACAGACGCCCCCCUCCCCAAUUUUUUCUGAGGGGAGGGGGUGGGGGGGGGCGUCUGUAAAAAGGCUAAUUAAGAACAGUAAAGUUGUAAUUAAGCAUCUUUCUUAAGAUGCUUAACUUAACUUAUUAUUCAUUCAAAACAUUUCUCCGAUUCUGAUUGGCUAAAAGCACGCGCAUAAUUCACCAUAACCAGCUACUGAUGACCAAAUUUGGAAGAAUUUUGCGUUUAAUGAACCGAUGACGUCAAAAGUGCAGCGUUCUUACAGGUUAAUGCACCGUUAACCGAGAAGACCCGGGGACGUGGUUGAGUUGUUUUGGUUGUGAAAACAGAAAUGGCGGACCUUUCACUCGUUUCAAGAGUAAAAACUAGGCGAAAUAAUAGCUAAAAACAUGGCAAGAACAGCAAGAAGACAACUCGAAGGGCGACUUCUGCUAUUUAGAGAAUAUUUGCGGAGCUGAACAACCCUAAACGUGUACUAUCGAAGAUGAACUUAACAACGACUGCAUCGAUGGAGGUAAGCAUGUUUUAGCUAUGUUUUUAAACUUGGAAUUAUUUUGAAUGAAUAAUAAAACAAUUAUUGAAUUCGGCUUUCGUAUCAUAUGAAGAAAUAUGGAGAUCUCGGAGGGUGUUAUCUGCCUCGGCCCACGGCCUCAACGGAUAACACCCUCCUCGAUCUCCAUAGUUCCUCAUAAGAUACUCAGCCUCAUUCAUUAAUUGUUAAUUAACUAUAUCAAACUGCAUUUAUGUAAAUGAUUAAUCGAUAUGAAUUACAAAUAGUUCACCCGCUUCACUUAAACUUAGACUCAGUGGCUGUCUGCUCAUCCGCCUGAGCUCUGCAACUAUCAUGAUAGUUGUCAGCAGAGGUCUGAUUGAGCUGGGUGGGGCAAAGGGAAACAAAUUAUUUUCCAGUCAAAGCCUCAAGUGGACAAUGCUUAAGCCCGCCAUUGAAGUAGUGGUUUCAAAAGACCCUCUCCCUACCCCACUGCUUUUGCCCACAGCCAAAGGCUACCCACCCGCUAUUAUAGGCUGUUCCUGGGCUGUCUGCCUGUGGUGGCCUUGACCCCCUCAAAUUUUUGACACCGGAGUGGCCUGCAGCCCGACCCCAGGUGAAGACCCAGUGGCUAAGUGUUAACAAAUUCGAACCGAUAAAUUAGUUUAGAAACAAAGAAAGAUAGCCAGAAAUACGGUGAUUGCCGUGUGGAAGUCAACAGGUUAAGUAUAGAUGUUUCUUCUGCAACACCUUAAACAACAUAACCUGCGGACACAGACGUAUUUCCGGUCGUCGCUUUCUCCACUCGAUUGGAGAGAAGCGACGACCGGAAAUACGUCUGUGUCCGCAGGCUAUAAACAACAUAGAACAUGUAACAAUUUUUUUUUUUGUAUCUACUCCGGGCACUAAAAUAGAAUCACGAGGAGUGCUAACACAAGAGUCAGAAGAAGCUGCUAAAGUAAAUGAGAAGGUGGCUGAGUUGGCAAGUGAGGAGGGCAUGGGUGCAAGAUACCAUGGAGGAUCGAAAAAAGAUGCGGAUGAGAAGUCUGAUGAAGAAACUGGAGCUGCAGAUGAUGUAGAAGGGGAAAUAUUUUUUGAAGUAGAAUCUGGAGCAAUGGUAACAAGUGAAGGUACCAGCUGGGCCUUCAAACAGUGGGGUAUUCACCUGAUGCUCCCUCCUGAUGCUGUAUCUGAGCGCACGUCAAUAGUGGUCCGCAGAUGCAAAUAUAGUGUCUGUUCACCCACGCUGCAGGAGUAUGAGGUCAUUACUAGCAAUGUUAUUGAACUAUCCUUUAUGAAUGGCCCAUAUCUAAAAUUUAACACCAAAGUGAAGCUGUCGCUAUCCCACAGCGCAACAGACCUACAGGGCUACGAACUAGUGAUAAAAAAGCUGAUUGACAAGGAGACGAAUAAUUGUCAAGACCUGGAUGGAACAAGGAGCAUACGUUGUGGUCAAGACUUCGAAGACAAUCACCCUUCCCACAUGAAAAUUCCGGACUUUCUCUUUCCCGUUGCUCAAGCUGAUAUAUCUGAGUGCUCAACAUACGCAGUAGUUAGUCGUCUAAAGGCUUCCCCAACUUACACCAUCACAUCUUGUGGCGGCUCUUUAAGCCAUCCUGACUUCCCGGGCGUGAUGAUUGCUAUCCCUGAAAAUGCUGUUGCACCUAACUCAAAGCUUUCGGUGGAGUUAAAGGUGCAAGAAGUUCUAAAUGAAGAUUUUGAAGGGGAUGGUAAAUUUCUUGGACCUGUAUUGCGAAUUAAAUGCGUCGAAGCUGUUCAGUUCUUGAAACCUGUCACUAUUCAGCUGCCAAUUUCUCUUCGAGAGCAGGAAGACAUGAAUCUGAGUCCCACAACAUGUCACGUCAGCGUGCUGUUCCUCAAGUCCGAUAAUGGUAAAAAAGAAUGGAUCGAUAUCACUGAUAAUCUUGUGAACCCACCAAGUCUGGAUCGAAGGUUCGUAAGGUUCCAUGUGAAACGGUUCUCUGGAUAUUCAACAUAUGUUGAGAGGAGAGACGAAUACUCCAGGUUUUAUGUAAAAAGAAUUAUAAAUUUCCUUAAAAGCCGCAUUUUUGUUCAGCCCAGACUAACAGUCUUCUUUGCUUACUUUCGUCCGGAUCUUAUAAAUAUUUUGCGUCUGAUUUGUUGCCCUGCUCAAAUUAAAGGGGAGGUGGAAAUGAAACUCGAAAAACAAGGCAUAAUGCCUAUUUGCAACAACUCAAAGAAAGAUAUGACACCUGGGUACGACGAGGCAUCCGUGUCUGUAUCAGGAGGAAUAUACCCUUAUAUAAAGAGUGACAUGGAGGAAAUGUACCUUAGGGUUUUAGAGAACGAUCCAGACGAUGCUGAGUUGGAGGUUUGUUUUCGUGAUGGCGAAAACAUAGCACGAGUGGAGUUUUUUAGAAAACCCCAAGAGCCAUUGUGUAAAUUGCACUUAAGAACACCCUGCACUAAGGGUACGGAUCGGUCAGACUCGUCGGAACUUACUCGUCAGUCUAGUGCAGUGAUGGAAGGCAGUCCAACGGAAAGUGUGCUAGAGCGUCUAUCAAACAAAAUCCGCCGUAGAGAUUGGAGAAAGCUUGGGCGGCGGUUAAACUUCCAUGAAGCACAGUUGGAUGAAUUUGAUAACGACAAUGAACAAAUAUCCGAAAAAGCAUAA